AGAUGUUCCUCAGAUCUAUUGCUGACUUGCUGCUGGCUGCUGUUCUGCUGAACCUGCCUUUGGCUUUAUCCAAACAAGUUCAUACAACAAGCUAUGGUGGGACUUGCAUAGGCCCCUGUGCACGAGAAAACACAGAAUACUAUUGGUGCAAGCAAAUAGAUGGCAACACUGGAUGGUGGGAUUACUGCUCCCCUGAGGAGGGUUAUGAUUCCUACUAUAGGCAGUGUUUAUCACCUUGUCAGAAGGUUAUGGGUUCCAACUAUGAGCAGUGUUUUACAGAUAAAGGUUGGAGUAAAUGUGGACGUGUAGUUGAAGAGUUUGAGAGUUACUAUACCUCAGAUAAUGCACUUUGUGCAAGUGAGUGUAAACGCUAUGGAUCUUACUUUACAUGCACAGACACAGAUGGAAUUGUAGGGAAAUGUUCACCAUUAAAUAAUGUAACUGCAAAAGGAGUGCCGUGCCGAAUAGAUCACGAAUGUGGUUCAUAUGGUUAUGGUUACACCUGGUGCUACACAGAUACCAGUAAUAAUUGGGAAUACUGUGGGAAAGUUAUUGCAGACUGUCAUCCAAAACGAAUCAAACGUGCUAUUGAAGAUGAUGAAGAGGUCUGUACAGUAAGAGAUUUGGGAAACAGACGUGAGUUGGUACUAACAGCCGUCACCGUGCCUGAAAAUAAUUUCCGCCGACCGUCAAUAGCACAAUUUUCAGAAGCCUCCAAUCUCAUUGCCACAGUCACCACUGGCUUUUGUUUUCCCAAUAAUGCCCGUACUGUUACCUCUUCUGCGAACAUUAGAUUGGAUAUGCAAGGAACACAUGAGCAUGAUGGAGUUAGGUAUCUGAAUGUACAACUUCAACUAAAUCAGCCAAGGCGAGGAACCCCAAAUUCCCAGGACCAUUCUACAACUAUUGCACAAAUCCUUUUCCCACAGGAUCUAGACACUACUGUCUUUUCCAGAUACAUAAGAAGAGCCCUGAUUACAAGCAUGCGUAGCGCUUACCAUAGACCUCCUGCAAAGAUUAAGAUAACCAUGAACCGUGUUGAGCGUGGAUAUAUGUGAUCUUUUGCUAAAGUAUAUACACAUUUGUAAGGUAGAAUGCUUGGAUUCUGUAUCUUUAUAUAAUGGUGUGGUCCUAUCAUCCCUCCAGUAAAUUAAACCAACAAUAUCCAAUAACAUGAUAAUACAUAAUAACAUAAUAA